AUGACGUCAUGCUGUGCUCUAUGUUGUUGUGUAUGUAGCAUUUUUGCUCCUCAAACCCCUCUCUCGAUCACUCGCCGGUCAGUCCACAGGAGAGAGAGAGAGAGAGAGAGAGAGAGAGGGAGGAUGGGGAUGGGUAUGAACACGUAUCCGCUAUCGAGCUACACAUUCGGAACCAAGGAGCCCAAGAUGGAGAAAGAUACUUCCGUCGCCGAUCGCCUUGCUCGUAUGAAACUCAAUUAUACGAAAGAAGGAAUGCGGACUAGCGUUGAGGCGAUUCUACUGGUGCAGGAGCAUAACCAUCCUCAUAUUCUUCUUCUGCAAAUUGGAAACACGUUUUGUAAACUUCCUGGUGGGCGUCUGAAACCUGGGGAGAAUGAGAUUGAAGGUUUGAAAAGAAAACUAAAUAGCAAACUUGGUGCUAAUACACCUACUCUUCAACCAGAUUGGCAGAUAGGAGAGUGUGUAGCUGUUUGGUGGAGACCAAAUUUUGAAACCAUUAUGUAUCCAUAUUGCCCUCCCCACAUAUCAAAACCUAAGGAAUGUAAGAAGCUUUACCUUGUUCACCUUUCUGAAAGAGAGUACUUUGCCGUGCCAAAAAAUCUGAAACUUCUUGCUGUUCCAUUGUUUGAACUCUAUGAUAAUGUUCAGGUAUGGUUGGAAGAAGCACUUUCCAGUUUCCAAAGUGGAUUUCAUUAUUCUUUUUCAUUUAGUUUUUCCGAUUUCAGUUUUGUCUCAAUCAAUUGUAAGAUUCAAAUUUAUUCUGUCAUUGCAUUGGAUCAUUGAUUCCCCCAUCAUGAUUGCGUGAUUUGAUUCCUUGGGAUGUCUUCUGUAAGCUGUUCCGUUUCCUCCUCCCCCUACCAUGUCAAAUUCAUCAAAUAACUCUUAAAACCCUUCUUUUUUGUUUGGUGGCAGAGAUACGGGCCUGUUAUAUCCACCAUUCCUCAGCAGUUGUCUAGGUUUCAGUUCAACAUGAUCCAUGCAUAAAUUUCAUCGACUCCAGGAGCUUUUACCAGAACCAGAAUCUCGAAGGAGACAUGGAGAAUUCAAGUUGGUUUGUUUCAGUUCUAAAUUUUGUAGAUGACAGGAUGAUCCAAAUCUACAGGAUGACCCUCUAAUGUUGGGCUUUAAUUUACUCCUUAUUGAUAUGUGCUACUACUAAUUGAGGCAGCUUAGGUACUUAUGCUAUCAUAGUAGACUCUGACUACAAGUCAUGACAACAAUCUUACGAAUCAAAUGUUUUUUAUUUUCUUUGAAA